UGUGUGUGUGUGUGUGUGUGUGUGUGUCGGGGUGGGGGGCACGCAGGGAAUAAGGUGCCGCCCAGUAAAUCGCGCAUAAAGCGGCGCACAGUGCAGCACUGACAGAGAACCGCAGCGUUCAGCCGCACAUUCACACCAGAGACACGCAAACAUGGCUCUUGAUAUUGGCACUUGGGACCUUGCAUGUGACUUCAAUAACACAAGUCAUCGCACAGAACUGAAUGGCACAGAUCGACUGGUAGUGAGGAGAGGACAGCCAUUCACCAUCAACCUCAACCUUCGUUCUGGCUCCUACGAACCUGGAGUCCAUCAGCUCCACAUCAUAGCAGAGACGGGACCUGAUCCUGUGGAGCAGUAUGGUACCAAGGCUGUUUUUGGUCUGAGUGAUAAUAUUGAUGAUGCAAAAUGGAGUGCUGCAGUAACCAGUCCCCCUGGGGAGGUUGUCUCCUUGUCCAUCUGUUCUGCCCCCGAUGCACCAAUUGGCCCCUACACUGUGACUCUGGAUGGCAUGAUUCAGUUUGAAUUGAUACUACUAUUCAACCCCUGGUGCCCACGUGAUAUGGUGUACAUGGAAAGUGAGGAGAAUCUGGAAGAAUAUGUUUUGGCUCAGGAUGGGAUCAUCUACAGGGGUGAUGCCAAAUAUCCUGUCCCUUCAGCUUGGUACUUUGGCCAGUUUGAAGAAGGCGUUCUGGAUGCAUGUCUAAGAAUUCUGGAUGUGAACCCUAAAUGCCAGAGAAACCCUGGGAAAGAUUGUUCCGGCCGCAGAAACCCUAUUUAUGUCACUCGAGUGCUUAGUGCUAUGGUGAACAGUAAUGACAGAGAUAAUGGGGUCCUGGAAGGCUGCUGGAAAAAAACAUUUGAAGGUGGAAUCAGUCCCAUGUCAUGGAGAGGAAGCGUGGAGAUUCUUAAGACUUGGAAUUCCACUUCUUGCCUGCCUGUUCGCUAUGGCCAGUGCUGGGUGUUUGCUGCUGUUGCCUGCACUGUGUCUCGAGCAUUGGGUAUCCCCUGCAGAGUGGUGACUAACUACCUCUCAGCUCAUGACACCAACAGCAACCUGGUGAUUGAGCGCUAUGUGGAUGAAAAAGGCAAGCUGUUGAACACCAGCAGAGACAUGAUCUGGAAUUACCACUGUUGGGUGGAAAGCUGGAUGGCUCGUCCAGAUCUGAAAGCAGGCUUUGAUGGCUGGCAGGCUAGUGACCCCACGCCCCAGGAGAAGAGCGAGGGGGUAUUCUGCUGUGGGCCAGUCCCACUGAAAGCCAUAAAAGAGGGAGAAAUCAUGUGCAAGUAUGAUGCUCCGUUCGUGUUCACGGAGGUAAAUGCAGAUGUGAUGACCUUCCUGAAAUACCAAGACGGCAGCACAAGAAAGAUCAUCAGUUCUACUGAGGUUGGCCAGAAAAUCAGCACUAAGAGUGUUGGAAGUGACAAACGAGAGGACAUUACACACCUUUACAAGUACCCAGAAGGCACAGCUGAAGAACGAGAGGCAUUUAAAAAAGCCAACCAUCAAAACAAACUCCUGAAACAGACUGACAAUUCUGGCCUACAUGUCACCAUCAAGGUCAGCACAGAGAUGAGGAAGGGCUGUGACUUUGAUGUCUAUGCCUUGGUUUCCAACCAUACAUCUGCGUUAAAGAAGUGUCGUCUGGUGUUUGCUUCCCGUGCCAUGUCUUAUGAUGGAGCUAUAGGAGAGGAAUGUGGCUUUAAAGAUCUGCUCAAUGUUGAGUUACAACCCGGAGGAGAGCGCAAGGUCCCACUGAGGCUGAACUACAACAAAUACUGCAAUGCCAUUACCCAGGACAACCUGAUCCGCCUGGGUGCUCUACUGAUUGACUACAGCACCAAAGAAGGCAUUCUGGCUAUGCGCACUAUUGUCCUUGAUAACCCAGAGAUCAAGAUAAAGAUCCUGGGAGAACCCAAAGAGAAUCGUCAGCUGGCUGCAGAGCUCACCGUACAGAACACACUGCCAGAGCCUUUAAAUGCAUGCUGCUUCAGUAUUGAGGGAGCCAACCUCACUGGAGGCAAGACUAUCACUGAGAGUCUUUCAACCAAUAUUGAACCUGGACAAGAAGCUAAAGUCAAACUCUACUUCACUCCAAACCAUUAUGGCUUGCGCAAACUGCUGGUGGAUUUUAACAGCGACAAACUUGGUCCUGUUAAAGGGUUCAGGAAUGUUAUUAUCGGCAAAUAAAGUCUCUCGAUCACUCCAAUGCUUGCUUCAGUGAAAGCCAAAUGAAAAUGACACACAUUGAGGAUUGAAAAGGUUACAAUCCUAAUGUGUCAUUUCUGGGCUUUAUGUUUGGAAAAAGAAUUUGCACCAAAAACAUUAUACUUAGAUGUAUCUAGCCAAGAAACAUUUCCAUUUUAACCAGCAUUUAAAUCAUAAAUUAGUUUUGUAUUGAAUUACAUGAGACAGUCUUUUAAACUGUUAUAUGAUUUGUACUUUAUGCAAAUCACUGCUACAGAUAGUUAAUAUGUAACCAAGGCUUUUAGUUUCUUAUGUGUUCUUAAACAAGUGGACAAUCUAAACAGUUUGCAGUAUAAAGCCAGUUGAACACUAAAUGCUUAUUCUCUGUUUCAGUCACUGUCUCAUUGUGACGUCAGUGUACUGUAACUAUAUGGCCUAUAUAUCUUUUAUAGGAGAUUUUUAUAUGUCUGCUCUGCAAUGAUUCUAUAAACAUGUUGCUAUCAUAUAACUGGGUGCCUUAGUCUACAGCUUUAAAUCUAGCAUUUUGCUUUUGAAGCUCUCUUUUUGUUCCUGACUGUGAAAAUGGGCAGGUUUAUAUAACAAAGCCAAGUGCUAAAAUGUGACAGUCAGACAGUUUAUACAAAAGAUAAUAUUCUAUAUUUUUGAAUAAAGAUGCUUCGAUCUCAGUUAAAUUGCAACUAUAUAGUAUAGUUUAAUGCUUGUAUUUUUCUCCAUUAAAGACUUAAAUCACUGAGAAA